AUGGCUCAAGUAGCUCAAUUAGGUAAAUUGCCUCGUCAAAUCCUUCUGGCAUUCCGAGUCCUUCCUUCCGACAGAAAAAUAUUUUCCCGACAACUGGAAAAGUUCUUCCUUCCAACAGGAAAAAAUUUUCCAUCCGACAAGAAAAAAUUUUCCAGUUGUCCGUCCGUAAACCAUUCAAAUUUUCGAAAAUUGAGAACUUUUUGGUCGAACUUCAGGAAAAGUUUUUCCUUCCAACAGAAAAAAUUUUUCCUUCCGACAGGAAAAGUUUUUCCCGACAACAGGAAAAGUUCUUCCUUCCGACAGGACACAAACGAAUGUCUCACGUCCCUCUUCCUGAAUGCCUUCCAAAGCCAGAAGAACCGACAGCCCCAGCACCACAACAGACUUACUAA